GGGCGGGGGCCUGACGGCCCGGCCGGGCGGCGGAGCCGCGAGGGACAGAGGCGCGGGAGGCGUGCGGAGCCAGCGGAGCCAGCUGAGCCCGAGCCCAGCCCGCGCCCGCGCCGCCAUGCCCCUGGCCUUCUGCGGCAGCGAGAACCACUCGGCCGCCUACCGGGUGGACCAGGGCGUCCUCAACAACGGCUGCUUUGUGGACGCGCUCAACGUCGUGCCGCACGUCUUCCUACUCUUCAUCACCUUCCCCAUCCUCUUCAUCGGAUGGGGCAGUCAGAGCUCCAAGGUGCACAUCCACCACAGCACAUGGCUUCAUUUCCCCGGGCACAACCUGCGGUGGAUCCUGACCUUCAUGCUGCUCUUCGUCCUGGUGUGUGAGAUUGCGGAGGGCAUCCUGUCUGAUGGGGUGACCGAAUCCCGCCACCUCCACUUGUACAUGCCAGCCGGGAUGGCGUUCAUGGCUGCUGUCACCUCCGUGGUCUACUAUCACAACAUCGAGACUUCCAACUUCCCCAAGCUGCUAAUUGCCCUACUGGUGUAUUGGACCCUGGCCUUCAUCACCAAGACCAUCAAGUUUGUCAAGUUCUCGGACCAUGCCAUCGGCUUCUCGCAGCUACGCUUCUGCCUCACAGGGCUGCUGGUGAUCCUCUAUGGGAUGCUGCUCCUCGUGGAGGUCAAUGUCAUCAGGGUGAGGAGAUACAUCUUCUUCAAGACACCGAGGGAGGUGAAGCCGCCCGAGGACCUGCAAGACCUGGGGGUGCGCUUCCUGCAGCCCUUCGUGAAUCUGCUGUCCAAAGGCACCUACUGGUGGAUGAACGCCUUCAUCAAGACUGCCCACAAGAAGCCCAUCGACUUGCGAGCCAUCGGGAAGCUGCCCAUCGCCAUGAGGGCCCUCACCAACUACCAACGGCUCUGCGAGGCCUUUGAUGCCCAGGUGCGGAAGGACGUGCAGGGCACUCAAGGUGCCCGGGCCAUCUGGCAGGCACUCAGCCAUGCCUUCGGGAGGCGCCUGAUCCUCAGCAGCACUUUCCGCAUCUUGGCCGACCUGCUGGGCUUCGCCGGGCCACUGUGCAUCUUCGGGAUCGUGGACCACCUUGGGAAGGAGAACGGCGUCUUCCAGCCCAAGACACAAUUUCUCGGGGUUUACUUUGUCUCAUCCCAAGAGUUCCUUGCCAAUGCCUACGUCUUAGCCGUGCUUCUGUUCCUUGCCCUCCUACUGCAAAGGACAUUUCUGCAAGCAUCCUACUAUGUGGCCAUUGAAACUGGAAUUAACUUGAGAGGAGCAAUACAGACCAAGAUUUACAAUAAAAUUAUGCACCUGUCCACCUCCAACCUGUCCAUGGGAGAAAUGACUGCUGGGCAGAUCUGUAAUCUGGUUGCCAUCGACACCAAUCAGCUCAUGUGGUUUUUCUUCUUGUGCCCAAACCUCUGGGCUAUGCCAGUACAGAUCAUUGUGGGUGUGAUUCUCCUCUACUACAUCCUCGGAGUCAGUGCCUUAAUUGGAGCAGCUGUCAUCAUUCUACUGGCUCCUGUCCAGUACUUCGUGGCCACCAAGCUGUCUCAGGCCCAGCGGAGCACACUGGAGUAUUCCAAUGAGCGGCUGAAGCAGACCAACGAGAUGCUCCGCGGCAUCAAGCUGCUGAAGCUGUACGCCUGGGAGAACAUCUUCCGCACGCGGGUGGAGACGACCCGCAGGAAGGAGAUGACCAGCCUCAGGGCCUUUGCCAUCUAUACCUCCAUCUCCAUUUUCAUGAAUACGGCCAUUCCCAUUGCAGCUGUCCUCAUAACCUUCGUGGGCCAUGUCAGCUUCUUCAAAGAGGCCGACUUCUCGCCCUCUGUGGCCUUUGCCUCCCUCUCCCUCUUCCAUAUCUUGGUCACACCGCUGUUCCUGCUGUCCAGUGUGGUCCGAUCUACCGUCAAAGCUCUAGUGAGCGUGCAAAAGCUGAGCGAGUUCCUGUCCAGUGCAGAGAUCCAUGAGGAGCAGUGUGCCCCCCAUGAGCCCACACCUCAGGGGCCAGCCAGCAAGUACCAGGCGGUGGAAGAGGGGCUCCCUUCCCUACACAGCUCCCAGCCCAGUGGGUCCUCACCUCCAAACCACCCCCAGCCCCUCAAGGUUGUGAAUCGCAAGCGUCCAGCCCGGGAGGAUUGUCGGGGCCUCACCGGCCCACUGCAGAGCCUGGUCCCCAGUGCAGAUGGCGAUGCUGACAACUGCUGUGUCCAGGAGGGGAAGCCAGAGACUGUUCACACUGGGAAAUGGCUGCCUUUCUGCUCUCUCCUGGGCGGUGGGACGCGCCUAAUGAAGAUCAUGGGAGGCUACUUCACAUGGACCCCAGAUGGAAUCCCCACACUGUCCAACAUCACCAUUCGUAUACCCCGAGGCCAGCUGACUAUGAUCGUGGGGCAGGUGGGCUGCGGCAAGUCCUCGCUCCUUCUAGCCGCACUGGGGGAGAUGCAGAAGGUCUCAGGGGCUGUCUUCUGGAGCAGCAGCCUUCCGGACAGUGAAACAGGAGAGGACCCCAGCCCAGAGCGGGAGACAGCGACCGACUUGGAUAUCAGGAAGAGAGGCCCCGUGGCCUAUGCUUCGCAGAAACCAUGGCUGCUAAAUGCCACUGUGGAGGAGAACAUCAUCUUUGAGAGUCCCUUCAACAAACAACGGUACAAGAUGGUCAUUGAAGCCUGCUCUCUGCAGCCAGACAUCGACAUCCUGCCCCAUGGAGACCAGACCCAGAUUGGGGAACGGGGCAUCAACCUGUCUGGUGGUCAACGCCAGCGAAUCAGUGUGGCCCGAGCCCUCUACCAGCACGCCAACGUCGUCUUCUUGGAUGACCCCUUCUCAGCUCUGGAUAUCCAUCUGAGUGACCACUUAAUGCAGGCCGGCAUCCUUGAGCUUCUCCGGGACGACAAGAGGACAGUGGUCCUAGUGACCCACAAGCUACAGUACCUGCCCCAUGCAGACUGGAUCAUUGCCAUGAAGGAUGGCACCAUCCAGAGGGAGGGUACCCUCAAGGACUUCCAGAGGUCUGAGUGCCAGCUCUUUGAGCACUGGAAGACCCUCAUGAACCGACAGGACCAAGAGCUGGAGAAGGAGACUGUCACAGAGAGAAAAGCCACAGAGCCACCCCCGGGCCUAUCUCGUGCCAUGUCCUCGAGGGAUGGCCUUCUGCAGGAUGAGGAAGAGGAGGAAGAGGAGGCAGCUGAGAGCGAGGAGGAUGACAACCUGUCGUCCGUGCUGCACCAGCGUGCUGAGAUCCCAUGGCGAGCCUGUGCCAAGUACCUGUCCUCCGCCGGCAUCCUGCUCCUGUCACUGUUGGUCUUCUCACAGCUGCUCAAGCACAUGGUCCUGGUGGCCAUCGACUACUGGCUGGCCAAGUGGACCGACAGCGCCCUGACCCUGACCCCUGCAGUCAGGAACUGCUCCCUCAGCCAGGAGUGCACCCUCGACCAGACUGUCUACGCCAUGGUGUUCACGGUGCUCUGCAGCCUGGGCAUUGUGCUGUGCCUCGUCACGUCUGUCACUGUGGAGUGGACAGGGCUGAAGGUGGCCAAGAGACUGCACCGCAGCCUGCUAAACCGGAUCAUCCUAGCCCCCAUGAGGUUUUUUGAGACCACGCCCCUUGGGAGCAUCCUGAACAGAUUUUCAUCUGACUGUAACACCAUUGACCAGCACAUCCCAUCCACGUUGGAGUGCCUGAGCCGCUCCACCCUGCUCUGUGUCUCAGCCCUGGCCGUCAUCUCCUAUGUCACACCUGUGUUCCUCGUGGCCCUCUUGCCCCUGGCCAUCGUGUGCUACUUCAUCCAGAAGUACUUCCGGGUGGCGUCCAGGGACCUGCAGCAGCUGGAUGACACCACCCAGCUUCCACUUCUCUCACACUUUGCCGAAACCGUGGAAGGGCUCACCACCAUCCGGGCCUUCAGGUAUGAGGCCCGGUUCCAGCAGAAGCUUCUUGAAUACACAGACUCCAACAACAUUGCUUCCCUCUUCCUCACAGCUGCCAACAGAUGGCUGGAAGUCCGAAUGGAGUACAUCGGUGCGUGUGUGGUGCUCAUUGCGGCGGUGACCUCCAUCUCCAACUCCCUGCACAGGGAGCUCUCUGCUGGCCUGGUGGGCCUGGGCCUCACCUACGCCCUGAUGGUCUCCAACUACCUCAACUGGAUGGUGAGGAACCUGGCAGACAUGGAGCUCCAGCUGGGGGCUGUGAAGCGCAUCCAUGGGCUCCUGAAAACCGAGGCAGAGAGCUACGAGGGGCUUCUGGCACCAUCGCUGAUCCCAAAGAACUGGCCGGACCAAGGGAAGAUCCAGAUCCAGAACCUGAGCGUGCGCUACGACAGCUCUCUGAAGCCGGUGCUGAAGCACGUCAACGCCCUCAUCUCCCCUGGACAGAAGAUCGGGAUCUGCGGCCGCACAGGCAGUGGGAAGUCCUCCUUCUCUCUUGCCUUCUUCCGCAUGGUGGACACAUUCGAAGGGCACAUCAUCAUUGAUGGCAUUGACAUCGCCAAACUGCCGCUGCACACCCUGCGCUCACGCCUCUCCAUCAUCCUGCAGGACCCCGUCCUCUUCAGCGGCACCAUCCGAUUUAACCUGGACCCUGAGAGGAAGUGCUCAGAUAGCACGCUGUGGGAGGCCCUGGAAAUCGCCCAGCUGAAGCUGGUGGUGAAGGCACUGCCAGGAGGCCUCGAUGCCAUCAUCACAGAAGGCGGGGAGAAUUUCAGCCAGGGGCAGAGGCAGCUGUUCUGCCUGGCCCGGGCCUUCGUGAGGAAGACCAGCAUCUUCAUCAUGGAUGAGGCCACGGCUUCCAUUGACAUGGCCACGGAAAACAUCCUCCAAAAGGUGGUGAUGACAGCCUUCGCAGACCGCACUGUGGUCACCAUCGCGCAUCGAGUGCACACCAUCCUGAGUGCAGACCUGGUGAUCGUCCUGAAGCGGGGUGCCAUCCUUGAGUUUGAUAAGCCAGAGAAGCUGCUCAGCCGGAAGGACAGUGUCUUCGCCUCCUUCGUCCGUGCAGACAAGUGACCUGCCAGAGCCCAAGUGCCAUCCCACACUCAGACCCUGCCCAUACCCCUGCCUGGGUUUUCUAACUGUAAAUCACUUGUAAAUAAAUAGAUUUGAUUAUUUCCUA